UGUACUUUUGGUGUACCUUUUAAAAUCGCUCGUAAAACCACGUAAAAUCGCUGUAAAAAGGGCGAAAUUCUUACCAUUUCUGCUCCACUCCAUGCACUAGACCAACAAACUGCACUCUGGUCGUGGAUCCCGUUGGAAUGGGCCUCACACCAGAGGAUCUUCGGCAGCGCAUUCCCAACUGGUCGCUCGAAUCGGAUGGGCAGCUACUGCAGUACAUGGUCUCAAUCGCUAAGAAUCUCGAGGACAAAUGCAGCAACACACGGGAUAGCCUCAGUGGUCUCAUGGUGCAGGUGGACCAGACUGAGCUGAAGCUGGCGCAUACCCUCAAUCAGCUGUCCGCCGUCGAGCAGGUGAAAUUCGUCGAGAAUCGCGUCGAGGAGGACGACGAAAGUUUCUACGGAUUGAGGCGUCGUAAGCAGGCAGAAGAAGAGAAGGAAAAGGCUCAAGCCAAAGCGGAACAACAGGACUCUACCGUGGACGACAUGAUCCAGGCGGCCGUCGAACGAUCGAUCGAAGGAAUGUACAAAUGUUAUGAGAAAGUGAGCCUCCAUCUGGGCAGUGACUCUAGUAGUGACGACGACGAGGACGACGAUGACGACUACGAUGGUAGAAACGGUAGCGGUGCUAUGCCGUUAGUGAUCGAAGGUGGCGGUGUCGUCGGUAGCGGUAAACCAACGAUCAUGCGAGCGGUGCCGCGAUUCAGCUUCAUUGAACGGCCUCUGCCACACGUGAUCGGUUCAAAAGAGUGGCAAAGUAAGUGGCACGUCGGGCUAAUUGAUUCAGACGAUGAAUCGAGCUCCGAUCGCAAGGAGGAAUACUCGGAGUCAUCGAGCGACACGGACGGAAUGUUUCCGUCCCAGCCAAACAGCAAAAACCAAACACCGUCGGAAUCGGAAAGCUCCAUCUGGGGCACAGACCCCCGAAAGCGGACCUACUCGAUCGAUCACCCUGGUGACGACGCAUCGUCCGUGUACUCAUACGCUAGCUCUUCCAAACCGCGCACUUUGUUUCCUGCGGUGCAACCGAUUGGUCACGGGCUUAGUGGAGGCCUGAAACCUCCCAGUCUCUUUCCCGAGGAACCACCGGACGAAAUGGAACCAAAUGGUCCGACGACAGCUGAUCGAUUCGACAAGGGACUGUUUGAUGCGUCACCGGAAGAGAUCGUUACGCCAAUUGCUCAGCCGAGAGUAAAACCCGCAACGACCGGAGAUUCUUUUUUCCGUGGUACAUCUCAACCAACACGGAAAAUGGUCAAUCUGUUCGACGACGAACCACCACCAGUUUUCGAGGAGCAACCGAGUGGAAAGAGAGAAUCCGAAACUGGCCGCGGAACCAUCAAUCUUUUCAUCGAUAGCGAAGACGAAGCUGAUGUAAUGAAUAACGUUCGCAACAACAACGACUCCCUGCCAACUGAGCCAACCGUAGCACCAAGCAACGCACCUCGGUUUCCGCCAAAAACAAAUCCACGAUCGAUGACGAAGGUGGUGGAUGAGCUGAAUAACAAUUUCCGGAAGCAACAAGUGCAGCCGGCAGUUCGGGAACACCCUAAACCAGCCAACAGCGUUCCGGGGAAUGGGCAGGACACUUCACGCGUCCAAACCGAACCAAACGUUCCGAAACAAUCCGACCAGCUACCGUCUACGGUUGUACGAGCGGUACAACCACCGGACCCUGACGCGCGAACAGUGAAACAAGUGACCAAAAAAUCCGUUGUGAACCUCUUUGACGACGACGACGAAAAUGGUGAUGAUGAUGAUGGUAUCGUUGUAGGAAGAAGUGAACUACCACCGAUCCCUCCGAUCGCUGCUCGCUUUGCCACUCCCCACAAUCGCAGUCCGGCAAAGAAAAAAUCCAUUUUCGAUGAUUCCGACGAAUCGGAUACGGAUGAUGCCUUGCUGUUCGGUCGCACGAGUAGAACAGCGAUGCCAGCGCCGGCACCCCUUUCGAUAGCGCAGCCUACUACUGCGGAAGUGUCCAAAAGUGCGGACAAAAAGAAGGUCAAAUCCAUCUUCAGUGAUAGUUCAGAGGAGGAGAACGAAGCCGAUGAUGCACUGUUCGGUAAUGCCGCCAGUAUCGUGAAGAACAAACUGGAGGCCCUCCGGCAGAAGGUGGACACACCGUCGGAAGUGAGCAAACCAAACAAUGAACCGGCAAAGAAAAGUAGUAAAUCCAUCUUUGAAGACGAAGCAUCGUCUGGUGAUGAUGGUCUGUUUGGAAUCCAAGCGAAACCUGAAAUGAAGCCAUCGCACUCUUCAGCGGCUGUUACCGAUGGACCGACGAAGAGCGCACCUAAAGCCCGAGUGUCCCUGUUCGAUGAUCAACCUCCUUCAGACGAUGAAAAUGAUGAUACACUGUUUGGUGGUGGCAGAAGCAGUAUUGGUGGCAUUACGGCGCAGCUCAAUAACAAAAUGCCUGUUAGUGAACCUAAACCAGAGCCAGAUCCGCCACAGAUUGUUGAGGAUCCUGUUCCGGUGAACUCUGCAUCGAAGGCUACCGAUGAUACGACGACUGUUGGCGUUCGAUCCGAGAUUCCUGCAACUGGGAAGACUAGCAUAAGGAGUGCAAUUAUGAAAAAAUCAAUCUUUCACUCCGAUACAGAGAGCGAACAAGGGGACGAUGCUGAUGGCCUCUUUACUGGCCAAACUAAUGAUGGCAAUGGGGAACUGCAAAGUGCAGCCGAGGUGUCGGAGGCCGGGAAUGCAUCGAACGAUGCUAAUGCAGAAAACGUUCAAACAAGUAGCGUAGCGUCAGAAUCUUCGAACGUUGAUCAACCAAGGAAGGAAGAUGUAACAUCCAUUUCCGCGACAACUGAGUCUAUGGAAGGAGAAGCAAAUUUAUUCGUCACAAGCAACCCCGUGGCACAGAAUGAUCAGAAAGAGAACGACAAAAAACCACACCCCGAACCGAUGGAAGAUCAAAUGAUUGAUCCAAUUGCGGUCUCUAGAAAAUACGUUUCGGAUGAAUCAUCAGUGGCAGGCAGUUCAAAGGACGAGGGGCAACAGCUAGAGACUCCGCCAAUUGAAGAUAAACCCGUUAGUGCAUCUCAAAAGCCAGAUAAUUCUCCAUUCAAUGAUCCUCCAUUGAUGCCUGAAUCUAACGUUGAGACAAACCUUGUUAGUGAUGAAAGCAACGUUCCACAGAUUGCGAAUGACAUUGAUUACCUGUUGCACACGAAUGCGAUUCCUGGUGUAGCAGAUGAGCCAAGGACACCAGCACCGCUAGCGGAAGCUGCCAAGUCUGAACCGAAAAGUGCCUUAAACUUUAGCCCAAUCGGUCUCUUUGAUGACGUGCCACCACCGGACGAUAUGGACGGGCUGGAUUCUGACGAAGGACCACCACAACUAACCUCAUCCGCUCGGAACAACGAUUUGUCACUGCCCACGGACGAUAGCGCCUCCUCUCCGCACGUGUACGACGAACCGCAGUCGUUAGGUUUCCCACCGAAGGAGUCCACAGCUGGCAGCCAUCGGUACCUGUUCGACGAUGAGCCACCGCCGGACGAUGUGGAUAACUACAGAAGUGUGGACGUGUCGAUGAUGAUACCUGGUGUUAGCCCGUUUGAUAAAAGAAUCGUUUCAAUCGACAAGUCCGUGUCAUUACCACCGUUUCCUACUAACGAAGAUUCCAACGCGAGCAACCGUCCGAAGAAGGUCGGCAACAAGCUCAACACAAAACUGGUUAUUAAUGUGGCCGCCCUUUUACCCGGAGCCCGGCGGCCACAACCACCGGCAACGAGCGGUAGCUCAACGGAAGCAACAACCGAAGUGUUAGAUGAUGAUCAACCAAAGGUGAAAGCAGCAGCAUCAGUGGCAGCAGGUUCUGCGCUGAAGCGCGAACCGAUUGAUGAUAAACUUCUAGUGAGCUUAAACAAGGACCGGGCACGUAUACCGACAAAACGAAAGCCUCCUUCUCGGCGGGUCCUUCGAGGCAAUACAAAUGGGUUGACCGACGAUCAACCGGCUGACAACGGUACCGAGGAUCGGCGGAUAGUCGUCGGAUCUGAACAGAAAAUUGAACAUAUCGAAGCAGUCUAUCCUGUCACGCCAGAGCCGGUGCUGGAUCCAGCAAAAGAUCGUUUAAGAGCGAGUGCACGUACCACUGGUGUAGCAAGACCGCCAGUGGCUGUAGGAACAGACACGCCGGUGAACAAAGUUGUAAACCCACAGCAGAAGGUACUUCCUUCACAAACUUCAAAGUCUAUAUUUGGUGAUAGUGAUAACGAUGAGAACGAUGCCGGCGACGAUCUGUUUAGUAAGCUUCCCACAAAGGUGGCCCCGUUGGCGGUAGCAUCGAAGUCUCGGCAGCCCUCGCAGGCGGUAACCAGCGGUGGUGCCAAAGUUCACAGCAUCUUUGGUAGUGAUGAUGAGGACGACGAUGUUGCAGGCAGCGAGCAGGAUCUGUUCGGCGUCAGCAAAGUCGCAAAGCCUAGCAACAGUAAUAAAGGUGGCACGGCCGCAGCUUCGUCCAUCGUCGGGCAGCUGAAGUCGGCCGCGCUACAGAAGACCACCAAAGGAACGACAAGUAGCUUGUUUGGGAAUGACGAUGACGCUGACGAUGAUGACGAUCUUUUCGGUAGCAAACCAAAAACAAUAGUUCCGAAGCCAUCGAGCGAGCGACGUACAACAACUGAGCGAAGCAAACUACUCACCGGCGACGCUGUUACCCGAUCGACAGCGAAAGCAACACCAACGCCAGUAGUAAAUGAUCCUUUGGCUGAUUUGCUGGACUCGUAAGAUGCCGCCUCGGUCAGUACAUGCCGCAGGGACGCCUUUGGAUUCGUCAGCGAUAAGAUAGCGAUAGCAGUAGGCGCACACCUUUGCCUGUGGUGCCACAUACUGAAAGGACUCAUAAGCGUGCUUCCUUAUAUAUCAGAUAAGCGAGUUAAAAAUGGUGCAAAAUUGGACCAAUCGGAUCGCUAGAUCCUCGCGAACCGGCUGGAUAAAUUGAAAACAAAAGAACCAAAACUGAAACAUAGGCAUACCGCUGCUGGGGAUCGAUAUUACCGUCGUCGUUAUCGUGCCCGUCUCUGUAUGCUCUAGUCACAAUGCUAUGAUUAUAAUUUUGAUCCAAAUUCUCUUAUCAUCAACGUUCUUAGCUAAGUUGUAUGCGUACCCAGCCCAGGAACAACCGAGAUAUCCCUAAAAGGGCGGUUUCAUUUCUCCAUUCGCUUGCGAUCAUUUAACAUUCCACUGGUUUCAGUUCUACAUAUACGCUACUUUUAAGAAACAUUCAAUAAUCCUGGCCAUCAUGAAUGGCCUAUUUGUUGCGAUUUUGAGUAUUCUGCUUGCAUGCCUGCGUUUUCCGCCGUUAGAUCUGGGUGUUAUUAGCCACGAUUUGCUAUUAUUGUUCUCUAUAACCGAUCAAACGUUUGCUUUACGUGUAACAUUCCCAUUCUUUUGUUUCCUUCGCUGUAACUGUUUAUUCUCCCCAAGGGUGACGACCUAUGAGCCGGUGCAAGAAAGAUACUUUUCAGAAUUCGACGCUAUCAUUCAGGCGAAUUAUUGUUUAAAUAGAUAAAUGUUAGAAAAUGGUUGAGAAUUGUUAAUGUGUGCGGAGAUGUGGAACAAAAUAAAAUGGAUUAAUACAUA